AUGGGCGUGGAGUGGUGGAAGAGUGCGAGGGAGCUGAGACCACUGGUUCAUCUAUUGUUGCCGCUAUGUGUGCACUGGAUAGCCGAAGAGAUGACUGUUUCGGUGCUCGUAGAUGUCACUACAGGAGCUCUUUGUGACGGCGAGUCCACUUGUUCUGAAGCUAUUUACAUCAAUGGUCUUCAGCAAACGAUUGUUGGAAUUUUCAAGAUGGUUGUACUUCCGGUUCUAGGCCAACUUGCAGAUGAAUAUGGUCGAAAACCAUUGCUCCUCCUCACUGUAUCUACGACGAUAGUUCCUUUUGCUUUACUUGCCAUCAACGAGUCGAAGGGAUUUGUGUAUGCAUAUUAUGUGCUUCGUACAAUUUCAUAUAUUAUAAGUCAAGGGAGUAUUUUCUGCAUUGCUGUUGCUUAUACGGCAGAUGUUCUUGAUGGCAGUAAGAGGGUUGCAGCUUUUAGUUGGAUCACAGGCCUUUUUUCUGCAUCGCAUGUCUUGGGAAAUGUCCUAGCACGUUUUCUUCCUGAAAAUUACAUUUUCGAGGUUUCAAGUGCUCUCUUGAUCUUUUGUUCAGCUUACAUGGCAUUGUUUCUGGUGGAGACAGUUGAGCCAACUCCGAAACAGGACCUACAUUCAUCAUGCGUGAAUAAGGCAUUUAAUAUUGUUCGGGAACGAUAUAAGUCAAUGAGGGGUGCCGUAACUAUUGUUAUUAGCAGUCAAACACUGAGGAGCAUUUCACUCGUCUCUUUCUUCUAUGAAUUGGGAAUGUCUGGGAUCAGCAAUGUCUUAUUGUACUAUCUGAAGGCAGCUUUUGGUUUCAAUAAAAAUCAAUUUUCCGAAAUCCAGACAAUGGUGGGAAUUGGUUCAAUUGUUUCACAGAUGGUGGUGCUUCCACUAGCAAAUCCCUUUGUUGGAGAGAAAGUGAUAUUGUGCAUAGCGUUACUUGGAUCAAUAGUUUACGCAUUGCUAUAUGGCUUGGCAUGGGCUCCUUGGGUGCCAUACUUGAGCGCUUCAUUUGGAGUUGUCUAUGUCCUUGUGAAACCUUCAACAUAUGCUAUUAUAUCAAAAGCAUCAAGCUCAAGUGAUCAGGGCAAAGCGCAAGGAUUUAUUGCUGGUGUGCAAUCAAUUGCAAGUUUGUUGUCGCCACUUGGAAUGAGUCCAUUGACAUCUUGGUUUCUUUCUAGCGAUGCACCUUUCAACUGCAAAGGUUUCAGUAUUAUAUGUGCAUCCUUAUGCAUGGCGAUUUCUUUGUGUUUUGCUUGGAUGCUAAAACCAGAAGCAAAAGCGAACAAUAACUUGGGGGACAAUGGAGAAGACAUUGAAGCACCUCUUUUAUCAUAA